CGAGACAACCGUUGAAUAUGAAGAUGCUGAAGAUCCGGACGCGGUGACUCUCCUCUCUAUUCUAGUUGUCGGCAUUUUCCUGUCUCUCCUCAUAUUCGUGAGUGCGGCUGGCAACAUCCUGGUCUGCAUAGCGAUUUACACAGACCGUGGGUUGAGAAGGAUCGGCAAUCUGUUUCUGGCAUCGCUGGCAAUCGCGGACAUGUUAGUGGCCGCUGCUGUUAUGACAUUUGCUGGUGUCAAUGACUUACUGGGGUACUGGGUGUUUGGUGAACAGUUCUGCGAUACAUGGGUAGCCUGUGACGUCAUGUGUUCCACAGCUUCCAUCCUCAACCUGUGCGCCAUUUCACUGGACAGAUACAUUCAUAUUAAGGAUCCAUUGAGAUACGGUCGCUGGGUGACUCGCAAGGUCGCCAUAGUAACGAUAGCGCUGAUCUGGCUUCUCGCGGUCAUGGUCAGCUUCCUGCCCAUAUCCCUCGGGCUCCACCGGCCGCCGGAGGAGACGGUGACCACGGAGCGACCGCCGCGCUACCCCACGUGUGCUCUGGUACUAACACCAACGUAUGCGGUGGUGUCCAGUUGCAUAUCUUUCAUAUUGCCAUGUAUCGUCAUGAUCAGUAUAUAUUGCAGAUUAUACUGCUACGCCCAAAAGCACGUGAAAUCCAUCCGGGCGGUUACGCGGACGGUCCAGCUGCCGGACAACCGGACCAAGUCGGUCCGGACGCGCGUCCACACGCACGUCCACUCGUCUCCCUACCACGUGUCCGACCAUAAGGCCGCGAUCACGGUGGGCAUUAUCAUGGGCGUGUUCUUGCUUUGCUGGGUGCCUUUCUUCUGUGUGAACAUCGUGGCUGCAUUUUGCAAGACGUGUAUACCAGAUCUUGCAUUCAAAAUUCUCACAUGGCUCGGCUACUCGAAUUCAGCUUUUAACCCGAUAAUAUACUCCAUAUUUAACACGGAAUUCCGUGAGGCGUUCAAAAAGAUUCUCACUUCAAAAUACCCUCCCUGCUGCGGGUACCAGACAGUACGAGCGAAUACGCCAACGAGGAAUGACAAUUUCGUCACGGAUUACGGGACUAAGACGCUGGUGGUCAGAAGAAGUGGGUCCUUGGGUUUAUCUGGAGUGGAUCCAACGCCUCGGUCGUCAGCGGAGUCGGUAAGGCCACUUCGGGAUUAUCACAUUUGACAAGAAGACGGGAGUAGCAAUAACGGGCUACUCGAUAAAAGCGACGUGGUUUGAAUGGGUUACUAAGAAAUCGUAGUGAAAGCGAGCCCAUGUUUUGCUGUUCGUGUUUUUGUUUUUUGUAGCCAAGUUACUGUCUAUGUUUUAAAAACUUAUUUGUAGAUAACCCUUAGCAAAAUCCGUGAAGCUUUGGUAUUUCGAUAAUAAUAAGAUAUUUAUUUUUCCCCUGAAUAAUACAUUAGUUUUUGAACCUUCUUGAUAAAUGAUCGUUAUAUUACAAUACGCUGACAUUGAAACUGAGAGUAUCUCCCCGCAUUAUUUCUUCUAAGUUAUUUCUAUUAGUAAAGAUAUGACGUAUGAAAGGACAGAAACGUCUUAAGAUGUUAUUCAGUUGUCCAAGUGAUUGAUUACCUUUAACAAAGAAAAAGAAGUGGUUUCUCUAGAGAUUAUGUGAAAACCUCGAUCAGUAAGAUCCCGACCGUUUCAAUCAUUCAUCAGUCAGCUAAACCUAUGUGUGAUGUUUAUGCCCUUUGAUACGAAGGAAUAGCAUUUUAAAUUUAAAGCGUAAUAAAAUAUUGGAACCGUUUAUUACCAAGUUUAGUGUCUAGUUUUAUGCAAUUUACUAACCAUUACUAUUGGAAUAGGGAAUUAAACUUUAUAGCUUACCAUGAACAGGCAUAACUAUAACUAUCCAGACUAGAUUUAUGUCUAAUAACUUAUAAAAAACGAGGCAGGCAACGACGGCAUCUAGAAGUCUUGGGUUCGUUUUCCUGUAGGUAAGAAGGAAAAAACAUACUCAGUAUGAAAGGAAACGGAUCUGCGAAGAAAAUAAAUCACUGAAACAGAUGUAUAGCGUCUGUCCCAUACCCCAAAAGGGGUAACGGGUCUUCCCACACCAUUAUCUAACAUUAAAACAAUAAUAUAAUAAAUAUUUCACAUUAAAAGGAAUAGUGUUUCUAUUGGUUAAAACUUAAACAUUCUUGUGACAUGAUAUAUUGUAAAAUUACAUUGAUCUAAGAUAUUUUUUUUUUCAUAUAAACAAAAUGUGGGCUAGCUUUCAUAAAAUAAGAUAUUCUUAUUGAUAUUAACUACGCGUUUACUAAAAAUUAAUUAAGAAUACAUAUGUAUAAAAUAGAAAAGCCAUAAAGGUUCGCGCAUAUUUGAACUUCUAAGUCUCCUUCCUACCUUUUAUGUUAUGGUAGUUGAUCUAUCCAUAACCAAUCCGUGUUUAUAUUAUACCUAUUUAUAUGAUAUUAUUUUACACAAAUACCAGUUUGUUUUUUACUCACCAACAUUAGAUUUAAUCUAUUUAUUGGUACUUGCUUGGUAUGCAAUUACACUGCUAUUACGAAUAUACUUAUUUCAUUAUGUAAUAUGUUGCAAGUACCUAGUAUGCGCAAAUCUUUAAUAGUACAAACAUUAAUUUAAAAAAGUAAGAAAUUUAAUUAUGGUCACUAUUAUUAGAUAAGAAAAUAUAUA